GUCGAACACUUUUUGCAAUACAUCAGUCUCUGCAAUACAACAUGUGUGACAACUUGAAAAAUGAAACACAAAUUAGAGUUAAAGCCUUUCUUGAAAGUGUUCUACCUAUUGGCAAAGAUAUUACCAAGGAAACUAUGAGAGAAGUUAUUAUGGAGGUAGAGGAUACAUCAACAUCUAUGGAUAAUUGCAAAACACCACGAACAUCGCCCAGUAAGGACUUUUUGAAUUCGCCUCUAACAUGUUCUGGACGUAGCAAAAAAAUUUUGAUUGAACGAGUUCGAGAGUUGAGAGAUUUGAAGUGUAGCUUGACGAUAGAACGAUUUACUAAUGCGGAUUUACGGGAUGACGUAUUAAUGCAGCACAAUAAAAUAAAAAAGUUGCAGAAGAAGCUUGAAGAAAAAUCCACGAAAAUAAAGGAAUUACGAGAGGGAUGGUUCAAGCCAAGCACUCCUCAACCAUCUCGUAUACAAGAAGAUAAUUCACAAGAGGAUUAUUACAAAAGAUAUAUUAAUGAUCUGGAAAAUCAAUUGAGUAAACAGCAGGAUGAAAUUAAUAAACUGGAAACAGAGAAAGAUGCUGUGUCAAAGGAAUUAUGUUGCAUCCAUAGAACAUCUAAACAUUACAAGGAAAAUUUUGCAAACUGCGAACGGUCCUUGGAAUCUUUAACAAACAAAAUUGAAUUAAAGGACAGAGAACUGAUAGAACUUAGAAUGCACAAUGAAGAAUUACGCGCGCAUAUGAAAGAAUUGAACAGAAAUACUAAUCCAGAACAAAGUUUUGAGGUUGAAGAUCUAUCUUAUCCUGCCACUAGGUCAUUGAACACUAGCGAAGUUUUAAGUACUGUAAUCGAAAUCCAACUCCAGGAAGCUAAAGAAGAAUCUGCUAUAUUGCAUGCUCAAGUUGAUUCUUUAAAAGGAAGAUAUGAUCUUCUUACGAAGGAUUAUAGAGCUGCAAUAGAAUCCAAUAGAGAUCUACAAGAAAAGGUAAAGACGCUAGAUAAGGUGCAAGCAGAAUUAAAUAAUGUGCAGAAGGAAUUGGAUGUAUCAAAUACAGCUGUUGCAAGUUUACGGGUAGAAAAAAUCUCUCUUGUUACUCAAACUGAGGAUUUGAAAAAUUUAUUUUCAUCUAGAGAGAAAAAAUUGUCUGAAACAGAACAAUCGAAUAUCGCACUGAGUACAGAAUUGGAAAACUUAAAACUAGACAUGAAGAAUUUGAAUGAAUUAUUUGAAAAUGAAAAGACCAAUUCCUCACAUUUAAGCACUACUCUAGAACAAACAAAAUCACAGAUAACAGAACAUCUUACAUGCAUUCAUAAGCUUACCGAUGAAAGAGAUUCAUACAGAUCUUCCAUCGAAAAUUGUAGCAAAAAAUUAAGAGAUAUCUUACAUUGUGAUAAUCAGCAAUUUAUAGAAGUUAAAACUGAUAAUUUAAAUAAUUCGACGCUUAAUGAUCUUACAAAAUGUAUUGAAACAAUGUUACAUAACUGCAAUGUAAUGCGCGUUUCAUAUGAAAAUGAUAUCGAGAAAUUAAAAACAACAAUAGAUGAAACUGAUACAAAUCUAUGUAAGCAACAAUUAAUCAUUACAGCUUUAGAAGAACAAAAUAAGCAAAAUCUUGUGGAACUAACUAAUAUCGAGGAAGAGAAGAAGCAAAAGGAUUUAUUAGUAAAUGAACAAAAACAAAUUAUUCUUACAUACUCACAAGAAAUCAAAGUUUUAAAAGAAGUUAGAGAGGAGAAACUCGUUUUGGAACAAAAUUUACACGAAUUAACAAAUAAUUUAACAAAUCGAAAGUCACUGCUGAAACAUGUUAUGACACAGUUAGAAGAUCUACAGAACAUAAAUAAAGAUCUAAAAUUAUUAAAAGAAGAAACUGAGCAAGACUUUGGAGAAUAUCAAAAAAUUGUUAAACUAACAUUUGAAAAAUUACAACAUGAAUAUUACACGUUGCAUCAUGACUAUCAUAAAGUACAACAAGAAAAGGAAAAGUUAGAGUAUAAUUUUAACUGCAAUAAGAAAGAAUUAUCAAAAAUUCAAGCAAUAAAUACUACAUUACAACAAAACUUAUUAGAAAAUAAAGAAAAGAUAGAUAUUUUAGAAAAGAAGGAAAGAAGUCUCUUCAAUGAAUUAAAUGAAUACAAACGCAAUACACAGGAAUUAAGAGAUAUGAAUCACACGUUGGAAGAAUUAUACGCAGUGAUGAAAACUGAAACAAAUAAUAAACUUGAAAGUCUUAAGUCGGAUAACGCUAAACUAUUACUCGAGUUGAAAGAUGCCACUGAUAAGCUAAAUUUAUUACAUCAAGAAAAGAGUGAUACAAUGAUGCAAAUAGGAUUAAAAGAAGCACAAAUUAACAACUUACUUCUAGAUGUUUCAGCUUUAAAAUCAGAAAAAAACGAUUUAAUGCAUUCUCAUAAAGAAACACUUGAAAUGAAAGAUAAAAAACUAGAAAUGAAAGAAGAGGCCUUAUUGACGUUACAAACUAAAAUGGAAAAAUUGAUGAGCGAAGCAAAUGUUACAGAAAAAAAGAUGAAAGAGAUAAUUAUUAAUCUUCAAGAAGUAAGAUCCAGUCAGGAUGCUGUCUUGGCAACUCAAGAAGCAGCUCUAAAAGAAAAGUGUCAAUACAUAGAAGAACUUCAAGAAAGGUUUGACAAUUCGAAGGACAUCUUGAAUAAAGAACUUGAAGAAACAAAAUUGUCAUUACGUGAGUGCCAAAUUAAAUUCUUUGACUUAGAAAAUCAACUUAAUAAUCAAAACAGGACAAUAACAGAAUUACAAGAUAUGCUCAAAACAAUAAAUGUAGAACUUGAAACGAGUAAAGAGUAUUGUAAGCAUAUAGAUGCAAGUCAAGAGGAAAUUAUAAAAUUAUGCCAAGAAUUGGAACAUCCAACGAAAAAUUUGAAUUCUACGAUUACGAAAACGUGUUCAGACUUUGAUAUACAUGAUGUAUUGCAGUAUGAGUGCAUUAAUAUAGAGAAUAAGUAUAAGUGCAUUAAUAUAGACAAUAAUGCAAAUAUCUUGAAUAUUAUUAAAAUGGCUCUUGAUGAAUUACACAAAUCUCAGAAAAUUAUCUCGCAUUUAUCAUGUACAAACGUAGAAUUGAAUGAAACUUUAUCAAAACAAAAAGUACUUAUAGAGAACAGUGUAAAAGAAGAAGUUUGCAGUCUCAAGAAUAAAAUACGAGAAUCGGAAAUAAUAGCACAGAAACGAAAUAAUUAUAUUAAGAACCUCAUAAAAAAUAAGGAAUCUUUGCAGGAAUCUUUACAGAAAGUUUUCGCCAUGCGCAACGAUUUAGAUACUAUUUUAACAUCAUUCAAGCAAAAAUGGAAUGAAAUACUGACAAAGUUCCAAAAUAUUUUUUAUACUGAGAAUUCCGUUUGCGAUGAGUUUAAACAGCUGCAAAUUAAAAAGACAAGUCUUGAAAAUGCAUUGUUGAAGUGUCAAAUUGAUUAUUCAGAGAACAUCAAAUUUAUAUCUGAUAUUUUAUGGGAAAAGUUCCUGUGGACAGAACAAAAACUACAUGAUACCUAUUUAUGUUCAAUACAUGAGAAGGAAUGUUUGGAUAUACUAACUAAUGUAGAAGAAGAUCAAUUUUCUAAUGAGAAAAUGGUAAUUAAUAUGGAGUUGGAAAAAUACAAAACGCUGCAAACUGAUGUAAUGAAAUCUGAAGAAGAGAUAGAAUCUUUCAUUGCUUUAGCUACUUUUUACGAUAACAGUUUAAAAUCUGGCGAAAUCAAGAGUCAAGUAGAGACAGAAAAGAAAUUACAAAAUCAAAUUAAUCAGUUGACAAAGGAAAGGAAAGAUCUAAAAACUAAAAUGGACACUAUGCGUUCGAGGAAUAUAAAAUUAGAGAAAAAUAUCGAUGAUCUUAGAACGGAGAUAAAGAAGUUAAAGUCGACGGAGUCAGCGUUGAUGGAGACAGCGUCGACGGAAGUUAACUUAACAAUCUCUGAAGGAUCUGAAGUGCAAUCCCUAAAAGAAGAGUUAGAACGUUUGAAAGAACAGAAUCAACAGUUACAUGAAGAAAAAGAUGAGUCAAGCAAGCUAGCAAAACAAAACCUUGACAGUCAGUUAAAAGAGAUACAUGCUAAAUAUGAACAAAAAUUAGAAGAUAUCAAACAACAAAUGAAAAUAGUUUAUAAUGAGCAAAUAACGAAGUUAAGUAAGGAUCAAGAGAAGAUUACGCAAGAAAAAUUGCAGAAUCAAAUGGAAGUAAUGUGUCAAAGACAGAGAGAUGAACUUAACAGGUACAAAGCACACGUUGGCGACUUAAGUUCACAACUUUGGAGUGUGGGAGAAAAACUCCUAAUCGAACAACAACAGAAGCAAGAUGCGUUACAGCGUGUAAAAGUACUAGAAACUAAACUUAGAGAAUCCCAAACGGACCAACCAAUAGCCACAAUUUCGCGUAAGACUUGCAAAAUGCAGAAACAAGAAAUGUUACCUGAAAAUAUACAACAAGCACAUAAAGUAACAACGCUUAUAACUGAAGAAACACUCGAAAGGAGGCACAGUAUUAGAAGCAUGCAAGCGAUGGGCAGUGUAUUUAAAACGGAGGACGAGGAAGAAAUCUUUGAUAAUGUUUAUCUAACUGAUAUGAAAAAGGGCAAUUUUAUGCCUAUCACAGAUAUCAACCGUUUGUCCGUUUUACAAAUGAGAAACUCUCUUUGCAAGCCUCAUUUGAAAUCUUCUUAUCCUGCAGAAAUGCAAUUUCUUCCUCCAACUUUGACUGAAGAAGAUAUUAAAACGGGUUCUUCAGUAGAAGAAAACUUCAACGAUAGUCUUAGCCAAAGUCUUCUCCCAGAACAGAAAGCUAGGAAAAAAGAUAAAUCUCAGAUAUCAUAUAAAAAACCCGGUCCUCCAACACCAAGCAAAAAUGGAGGAAGGUUAUCAUUGCAGGGUAAUGAAUUAAGAAGCCCAAGUUCACGUAUAUUGAGAGAACGAAAUGUGGAUAGAAGAACUAUGACUACUCCUCAUUCGCUGAAGAACAUAUUCUCGUUAAAACGACAAGAUGAAAAUGCAACCAGCACGCCAAAACGCAGACUCAGUAAUCUUUUUCGCAAAUCUCGUUUACAAUCGGAUCGCUGAAUAAAUAUUAUAGCCAUACGAUUAUGUAUAAAAAGUAACAAUAUGUGUUAG